AUGUCCGAAGAAAACCACACCGCUACCCAAAAGGCCGAAGAGAUCCAACAACAAGUUGCCGCCGAGGGCGAAACCGUCGAGCAAAAGAUCCAGGAAACCGCCAAGGAGACCGAGCAAAAGGCCGAGGAAGUCAAGGACGCCGCCGUCAAGGACACCAAGGACGCUGCCGCCAAGGCCUCCGAGACCGCUGACAAGAAGACCGAGGAGGCCAAGAAGGCCAGCCCAGUCAAGAAGUGGAUGAACAAGUUGAAGAAGCUUUUGAACUGA